UUUCUAUUGGUUGGUUGCUAAGUAAAUUGGCUGAUAACUAGACGGUGUGAUGGAGUGCGCUGCUGCGGGACGUGCGGGAAUCACACGGAGGAUGGAGUCUGGUCGCAGUGGAAGCAUCUGCAGGAGUUUCUUAAGCGGCUCUUGCAGAUUUGGUCCAAGGUGUCAUUAUCGCCAUGAGUGGCCAGUCAUACCGUCAGCCCAAAUAUGUAGACACUUUCAGAAAGGUGGAUGCUGGUAUGGCGAUCGCUGCAGGUUUAUCCAUAUCCUCCAGCCUGUAGUGGAUGCAGCUGUUGCAGGCAGAAGGAGUUCGGCGCCUACAGUCUCCUCCUCGCACGUGUCCCACGCUCAGCCUGACAGAAGAAGGUCGGAGCCUGCUCUUCUGCGGGCUGAGGUGACGUCCAGGCAGGAAUGCAGCAGAUCAGAGGGGAUGUUUCACAUCUCAGAUCCUCAACGCAACACCGGACGUCUGCCAAUAAAUAUUCCUGUGGAACAAGCACAAGAUAUUCACUCUCCAACUGCUUCUCGGGAAUCGGUCCAAACAUCAGAUGCUGCUGAAGCGGGGGCAUGUGAUGGUGGAAAUGAGCAGUUUUUGGGGGUUCAGCAGACUUCUUCCACAGAGACGACAGAGGAGGGGGCUACGGCUGCAGCCUUUGCGAGCCAGGGGGAAGGGGAGGAAGGGGAGUCUUUCCUCAACAGUAAAAACAUGACCUGCGGCAUCUGCAUGGACAAAGUCUACGAAAAAACUGAACUAAGCGACCAACUUUUCGGAAUAUUGCCAAACUGCAAUCACUCCUUCUGUUUACCAUGUAUACGGACCUGGAGGAAAACAAAAGACUUUGGGCAGGAUGUGGUUAAGAGCUGCCCACAGUGUCGAGUGAGAUCUGCCUUUUACGUGCCAAGCAAAUACUGGGUCGCGGGAAAGGAAAAGGAAAAUGUAAUUGCUGCUUUUAAAGAGAAAUGCAGACAGAAAAGCUGCAGUUACUUUGCACGAUACAGAUGCUGUCCCUUCAAAACGGAGUGCCUUUAUCGACAUGAUAAACCUUUACGUCGAAGAUCGUUCCAGUAUCCUACAGAAGAUAAAGACGACUUUGUGGGUUUAGCCCUGCUGGAUUUUUUCAUGGACAUGGCCCUCAGUGUUGAGUAUGAUGAUGAUAACGAUGACGACUUUGAGGCCUAUUACACCCUUUUCCCCCCACGUAUGGAGUACGGAUUCUGAGCUUUUUUUUCAUUCUUCUUGUCAUUGCCUGAAACCACUGAUGGGGGCCUCGUCCUUACACAAUCAUUGGUCCCAGGAGAACACACAGUUGUGUUCUGACCCUUCUGCCCUCCUUGUUUAAGUAUUGAAACAACUUGUGAGUUGCCAUUUAGAGGACAAGGGGAAACAACCACGCACCAUGGAGUGCCAAGUGUGUUCAUGUUAUUGAUUAGUCAGACUACAGCAGACGAUUCAACCACAAGAAGAACUAAUCUGUGAAAUUAGCUUCUACUGUCUGCUUGAAAGUGAAAAUAAGUCGCGUUACCUCUUCGUUGCACAUAGAUCAUUGACCUUACCCCCAGAUACAAAAAAAGCAACAAAGAUUUGUCCCCUCUAAUAAUUUUGUGUUUAGUCUGUGACUUCCUGAUUAUUAAGGGUUUACCCUCCCAUGGCUGUCGUUCUUCAAAUAUGUUGCAGAUUGUCAAAUUCCCCUGAACCGCUCCAUGGAUUAAUACGAUUCCUAACCUGUGACCUCUUUGCGAACAAUUUGCACCAUUUUGAUAUUUUAAUAGUCUUAUGUGAAUGGAAGUUUUAAUCGUCUAAAGAUAAAAAGUGUACUGUGCCCCUUCUUCCUGAUGUCCACAACCGAUAAUACCUGUCUCAAGGGGUAGUAACGAAAACCAUUUCCUGGUUUUGGCUUGAAUACAAAUUGUUAAGAUUUUAUUUCUUUUAAACAAGUUGUACUUGUACACGUAAAAUAAAACAUUGCUUCACAUUGUCUCUCUGAAAAAAGCC